AUGGGUAAUACUUCGUCAAUCAACUUUGUCUUACUGAAUCAAAUAAUUAAUCGAUAUUUUCCUAUACCUCUCAUGUUCUUUGGUAUCAUCGGAAAUAUUCUCAAUAUAUUGAUAUUUACGCGACCAGUAUUUCGUGAUAAUGUUUGUGCCAAUUAUUUUUUGGUAUCGACUGUUUUCGAUGGUAUAAUAAUGUUUGCCGGUCUUUUAUCUCGUACUCUCAAUGGAUUUGGUAUUGAUCCGUCGCAAACAAUACCUGCACUUUGUAAACUGAGAUUUUUCACCACAUAUAGUUCAGGAACAGCAGCUAGUUGGUUUAUUAGUUUAGCUUGCGUUGAACGAUAUCUCGCUUCAUCAACAAGCACUGACAGAAGACAAUUACUCACAAUGAAACGUGCCUAUAUGUCGAUGAUCUUUGUUAUUCUAAUAUGUUUUAUAGUAUAUGCUCAACAAUUCUAUUGUAUCGAUAUCAAUCAACAAAUCUUAGGUGCACCACAACCAUGUUAUCAACUAAAAAAGAAUAUUUCUUGUCAAAUUGUGGAUAGUCUAUUUCAAUUUUUAUUCGAAAUUCUAACACCUAUUUGUAUGAUGACGAUUUUUAGUUGUUUAACAUUGAGAAAUGUUCGUAACCAACGGCGUCGUAUAAAUAUAACACAACCAGGUAAUAUAUCAAUUCCAGGUAUUAUGACAGCAAACCUAAAUCAAUCCAUUCCAUUGCAUCAUCCAACGAACAUACCAACUCAACAAAACCGCCAUUUAGUUCUCACAGAAAUCAAGCGAAGAGCACAAAAACGUGAUAUACAGUUGGUAAAAAUGUUACUUGUACAAGUAUCUGUCUUUGUUAUUUCCGCAUUUCCAAUCAGUAUCUACAAACUGUAUGCAGUGGCAACAAUCUAUCAAACAAAAUCUAUAGUACGUCAAUCAAUUGAAAAUACAAUAUACAAUCUAUCACUGAUUAGUUUAGUUCUCAACAAUUCAAUUACCUUUUAUCUCUAUACAUUAUGUGGUGUCAUUUUUCGAAAAGAAUUAGUAAAACUAUUUCGUUUAGCUACUUAA